AAGAGCCCUCUUUCCACCCUGUCUGCCUCUUUCUCUGCUCCAUUUCUGUUUCUGUGUCCUCAUUACGUGCUGAGAGGAGGUCAUGUCCCAGUCUGGAAAAGUCCUUCAUCUGUAUGUGGAAGUGAGGUCUGCCCCAGAUCAGAAUGGAGGAAAGAGGGAGAGUGAAGAAGGGAUUGCUCAGGGGCAUUCGGUUCAGGACAGUCCCGCGGAGCUCCUCUCUCAGCUAACGAGCCAGACGACACGCCAGAUCGUCAGCAAAGCCUCCACUGCUCGCCACCUGGCUCAGGACUGCACGCACGGCCAGUCUCCCUCUCGAAACACCGUUAGCUUUCAGCUCCAGCAAACCAGCAGCUCGCCUACGAUCAGCAAGCGUUGGAGUUCACCCCUGCACUCUUCACCAGCGACCUCUUCGGGAAAAGUCAGUGUCCCUCACACCCCUCCUAUUCGCAAGAGGCUUAAUGAAGAGGAAGUCAGCGACGGGAAGCGGAGUGUGGUCACCUUCAGUUACGUCGAGAAGUCAAAUGUGAAGAAAGUGGAGAGUCCACGCAACUCUGUGUGCGAGAGGCGAGCCAAAGAGGAAUGGUCCACGUCUUCCAGCUUUCGAAAACGCCUCAGCGACCCAGUUUGGUUUGGGAGUCCCGAUUCAUCGUGCAGCUCCAGUCCCAAGCUGACUUUCCAGAGUCCAGGAAGUCACCAGCAGACGUUCUCCCCCGGCCUUUGCAAGCCACACUUUGACCCCAUCGGCAGGGCAGCUACCAAGAGGGCUGUAGAGGAGUUUGGAUCCCCCUUAUUGAGGAUUAAACUGGCCCACGCACUUGAGCACACCUCAGCUUCAUGCUACCACCAACAACCGCGCUGUCAGUCCUGGGCUGGAUCUCCUGUUCAGCGUCAGAACAUCAGCGUAAACCCCAAAGAUCUGGCUCCAUGUGGGCUGCCUUGGAGCCCAGCCUCAGACCAGCUAUCCUCGCAGUCCAAGCAGUCCUCGCUUGAGAGAUCCGGGCCCCCUGAGCCCCAAAGCCCUCUUCUGACUGGAAGUCCAGCUGUCAACAGACACAUUAAGAGGACCUGCAAUAUGAGCACUUCACCGCAGGGCGCAAUCCUCCAACUUGGCAAUAAUGGAGUCGACGGUUUGAACCAGUUAAGCAACAGCAAAUCUUCCUCUCCAGCUCACAGUCCUGAAGUUGCUCGCCGGAUGGCUGAGGAGGCCACCGAAGCAUCUUCAGUUCUCACAGAGGCGAGGAGGUCCUCGUUGCACAAUGCUUUAGGAGAGCUCACAAGCAGCUCAAACUCUGGAGAACCCGCUCCAAAUGCACAACAGUUUAAGCAAACGCUCAGAAUGAACAUCCCUUUAAACGACCAACAACACACGCCAGCAACCGACAACACAGACUCACACCAGCCUGAAAACUCACAAGAGACAAACUGUCACACUAAUCAUGACACAAUGCAGCAGAGCUCCAGCUUAUCAGCCACUCAGAAUUCCCCCGCCCUUCCUUCACGUGUCCUUCGUCCCUCUCAUCCUCCCACAGAGCUCAGCUCGCCCAUUAGGGACCCGAGGCUAUUCCAAGCUGAGCUCCGACCGCCAGAUACCCCCACCCUGCAUCGCCGUCAGCCGCCACAGUACACCGGAGACUCCUGGUCCCCAGGCCUGGACAGGAGAGGAGAUCCAAGCUGUUUCGAGAAAGGGGACUGCACGGAGCUCGCUCGUAGACUCUUUAUCAAUCAAAGUGUUGAGGAGGCGCCGGUCAGCUGGACUUCCAGGCAGGAGUGGGGGAAUGGCGUGGAAAACAGCCCCAAGCCAAGCCCUGAGCCCGGAUUACAGUCUAAAAGGGUCCAAACACCUGAUCAACAAUCCAGGCAGCGCCGCAGGCCCCUCAGCCCGACAGCACAGCAGAAGCGGGCUGAGCAGAGGAGGAGGGAGAUCCUUCUCCUGGGUCCUGUGGUGCUGGACUCUGGAGAGGAGGAUGAGGGCUGUGAUGAGGAAGAGCAAGGUAACGAGAGGGAGGGAUACGGUGCAGCACUGCAGCCUCGUUCUCGGAGGGCCGAAGAGCCUCCUGAGGGGGAGCAGAACGGCGUUAUGGGAGGGUCGUCUUCACGGAGCUCCAGCGGGGUGACGGGGAGCUUGGGAGACAGGGACUGUGUGUCCCCAGAGUCCAGCCAGUCCAGUCACCAGAGCAAUGAGACCGGGGCUGCCACCUCAGGAAUACAGACGGACAGUGGAUGUGCAGCGCCCGUGCCCUCGCUGCACUGUCAGAAGAUCGCUCGUGCUAAGUGGGAGUUUUUAUUCGGGACCCCUGCUGAGGAGGCUGCUGGCAGGGGGGAGAAACAUUCUCCAGAGGGAACCUCCACAGCUCCUCCUAGUGGUAACUCCAGUGAGUCUCCCACCCCUACUCCGCCAUCCUCCCUGCCUCUGCUUUCAGCCAACCACGAGGUGCAGCACGUGGAGGUAGAGCUGGUGACCCCUCCCCCAGCCGUCAUAGGGACAUCGCCCAAAACGGGCAUCAUUCGCAGGACACUCAAGUAUUCAGAAACUGACCUGGACGCUGUCCCGCUUCGAUGCUACCGUGAGACGGACAUAGACGAGGUGCUGCUGGCCGAGCAGGAAGACGCCGACUCUGCAUUUGGGAGCAACCGCAGCGUGCAGGGAACCUCAGGGACGGGCAGCAGCCCUCUGGGAGGGCUGGCUUAUGGGAGAACAGAUGGGGAGGAGGAGGCGAUAAGGGAAGGAAGAGCUGUGGAGGAAGAAGGAGAAGACGAUGAGGAGGAAGAGGAAGAAGAGGAAGAAAUGGUGAGCUGGGCAAGUGUGAGGAUGCAGGGAGACAGCAGGAAGCAGCAGUAUGCAGCUGAGGAGGAGCCUGAGGUGUUUGGACACCUUCUGAAGAGACCAGUGGAAACCUUUUUCGACAACCACCAUCCAGCCUUGAAAUCCCCCAUCUUAGUAUCCGGACCCCGCCUCGCCACAGAGGACACCUUCAGCCGCCACUUUGAGAGCAUCAUGGAGUCGCACCGAGCCAAAGGGACGUCGUACAACAGCCUGGACAGCGAGGAGCUGCUCACCUCCAGCACCCACACUGUCCUGACCUUCGACCUGCCCACACUAACACCCGCUAUCCACGGCCCCGUGUGCCAGAGCGCCAGGCAGAUCGUCCAGCUCAGCUUCGCCCCGCUGGCGCACGACGAGAGGCCCAGCCUGUCUGACUCUAUCUUUACUGUGACGGGGGACUCGGACGCCACCCGAGCUCCCUCCAGCGAGAGGCUGAGCAGCGGAUCAGAUGAUACCCCGCCCAGAGGGCAGGAUCGUUCACAGCUGGGGAGCAGCUGGUACAGCAACCCCUCCUUCUCCUUACCCAGUCUCAGUCCGCCUCGAAACCCGGGAGAGGAGCGUCAAAGCCUGCCGGCCUCCUGGGAGAGAGUGCAGGUGUUCUCCUACAUUAGGCCUGCCAAGUGCACGGCGAUGCGUUCAGGGUACGAGGCGAGGGAGAGAAGAAGGUUCAGUCGGGCGAGCGGUCAGAGGAGAGGCGCCGGCCAUGUGACGCCGGCGAGGACGCCGGCCGUCUUCUGUUGUCAGGGCUCGUCUGCAGCCGGGGAGGAGAGGUACUUAGCAAAUAGGCGGUCUUGCCACAGCAGGGAGAAGGCCCGUCUUGCGACCGACUCCGAGCUGGACCAGGACCUCAGCGACAGGCUGGGCCUGGGCAGCAGUGACACCCUGACCAACGGCAGCCAUCGUGCUGAUGUGGCAGCGGCCAAACGCCUGGCCAAACGUCUCUUCAACUUGGACGGCUUCAGGAAGUCGGAUGUAGCGCGUCACCUCAGCAAGAACAAUGACUUCAGUCGCAUGGUUGCAGAAGAGUAUUUGAGUUUCUUCAAUUUCACAGGCCUCACGCUGGACCAGGCGCUGCGGACUUUCCUCAGGCAGUUUGCGCUGAUGGGGGAGACGCAGGAGAGGGAGAGGGUGCUGUCACACUUUUCCAGGCGUUACUUGGACUGCAAUCCAAAAGUGAUACCAUCAGAAGAUGCAGUUCACACUCUCACCUGUGCCCUGAUGCUGCUUAACACUGAUCUGCAUGGUCAGAACAUUGGCAAGAGGAUGUCAUGCACACAAUUCAUUGGCAACCUGGAAGGACUGAACGAUAGCCAGGAUUUUCCCAAAGAACUGCUCAAAGCUCUCUACAACUCAAUCAAGAACCAGAAGCUGCAGUGGACAUUGGAUGAGGAAGAGCUGCGGAAGUCGUUUUCGGAGCUCGGGGACAGCCUGUGUGACUCCAACUCCUCCAGAUCGAUGAAGAGGGUAGGCAGCAGCGGGAAGCCCCUGUCGGAUGAGUUGCAGCCCACCGGAAUGCUGCUGUACAAGAACGGAUUCCUGGUUCGCAAAGUCCACGCCGACUCAGACGGAAAGAGAACAUCUUUAAUGAGCGUUUGCACCGCAACACACCAUUCUCCUUUAUACCUGUCGUUCCAGGGGGAGUACAGGCCCGAUAAGCAGCUCUCUGAUGAGGACCUGAAGAACGCCGUGUCCAUCCAUCACUCUCUGGCAAUGAAAGCUUCAGACUACAGCAAGAGACCCAACGUGUUUUACCUGCGGACGGCGGACUGGAGGGUGUAUCUCUUCCAAGCGCCGAACGCGGAGCAGAUGCAGUCUUGGAUCACACGGAUCAACACGGUGGCCGCCAUGUUCUCAUCUCCUCCUUUUCCAGCAGCCAUCGGCUCGCAGAAGAAGUUCAGCCGGCCACUCCUGCCGGGGACGAUGUCGAAACUGUCCGAGGAGGAGCAGGUCAGAUCCCAUGAAGCUCGAUUCAGAGCCAUCUCCACUGAACUGGCCGAGCUGCGCUCUUAUCCACCUGACCGCAAGGUGAAAGGACGCGAGCUGGAAGAAUACCGCCAGCGAGAUGAGUACCUGGACUUUGAGAAAACGCGGUACGGGACCUACGUCAUGUUGCUGCGAGCUAAAAUCCGAAGCGGCGAGGAAGACCUGUCUGUAUUCGAGUCUCAGCUUCUGGAGGACAACGGGCUGCAGAGGGCUCACUCCAGCCCCACGCUGCAGGACAGCAGCCAGGCCAGCCUGGCCAGCAGCACCAGGGACGGCGGCAACAGCAGCAAAGCCAGCGGCUGCAGCAGCAAGCAGCGGCAGGAAGGCCAGAGACACAGCUACCGACAGGCCGUCAAGAAGUGAGACGGGGUGGGGGCGCCGGGAGCGGCACGGUGUUGCACUGCCAGCGGCAGGCUGUCUCCCUGCAGAGGUUUUGUUUGGAGCUCUGCUUGAAGGGGGGAGCAGGAGUGAGGGUCUACCCCACGCCUUCCCCCAAAACACGAGGCCCUACCCGGCACCCCAAUCUUCUCAUCUAACCGAGGAGGUGCAGAUCCUGUGACUGGCAGACAGGCUAGUGCAGGAGGUGGGAGGGAGCGCUGGGAGGUCACGGAUCUGCAGACGAGGUGUCUUUGAGAACGUACGCUGGGUGCCGCAGCAGACUGUGAGGCAGAGAGGCUGCUUACGGAUCGGACGGGGCGGCGCACAGGGACCUCCAUCCAGCAUCCUUUCCUUUCUUCUUCCCCUUUUGUUCUUUCAAGGCACCUCCGGCCGCGUUCUCACACCUUUUUUCUUGACCUUACACUCCGUCUUUUGGGACCAAACACGUUUACACACACUUUGAAUUGUCAUCACAUUAUAGACGACUGACGAUUUGAUUUCUGUUGAAUUUCUGCCGCCGCUCUUGAGGUGAAGCGCUGUAAUAAUAAUUACUAAAAAACAAAAACUUAGGAAACAUCACCAGGUCUACGGAGCCAUUACAUUCCAGCUCCUUUUUUUCCCACCACGGUGUGUUCACAUUCCACACAGGAGCUGUAAAUUCCAGCUUUCAGCUCCUGUAUGUUUCGCUGAAGGUGGUUUCCAGUUAAAUAAGUGUGUGGCUGCAGUAUGCGACGCGACGAGAUGGUGCCGCUGCGUGCAGCUCGUCUUUCCUCCUUUCUCUAGCCGCUGACGGCCAACUAGAGGCGACGACGUCAGCAGGAGUUCACAGUCCUGAUAUGCAGCAAAACACUGCAUGACACAAAGAGAAAGAGGUCUUUUUUCUUUUCGUUUUUUUGCUCUACUUGAACUCGAGCAUCUCUUGCUUUUUGCUUCUGUCCCGUGAUGUGCUUCUGUUCUCUUUCUUGGCCGAAUGUUGUUUUCUGCAGUGAUCCGCAUGCCUGCAUCCAGCACUGCUUCUUUUAGGGCUUUUUACUACUUUGAAGGCAAAAAUCUGAGAGCGGAGAAGCUGCUCUCGGUGAGGGGUGGGGAGCAGGUUCGUUCAGUCACUCUCCUCAUGCCAGUGCCAUACCCGACACGUGUAAUCUUCAUCUGUACUUAUAAACCCGACUCACUGGACAGACCCUGAAUGUUCUUUGUUUUUCGAUAUUUUUACAGUAUUUUACAGUCAUUUGUUGGUGUUGAACUUCACGUGUAUGUCAAGUGUAUGAUGAAAUAUCUCUUUGUAAACAUCCAGGAUAUGUUGUAUAUAAC